UUACCAUAGUCCAUUAAUGGACAAUUGUCCAUAAACAACACGUACACUAAAAUAGUAAAUAAAAUAAAUAUAUACGUAUCAUUAAAAUUGAAAUUAUCAUAUUAUAUUUUUAUAAUUAUUUAUUUUAAGUUAUAACCCACACGCGAAAGGCACAACUAAAUAAAUUUCAAGACUUAACACUCAAGAGUCGAGACUGUAAACACUGUAUGUACCAGAAUGGAAAAUAUUAUACAGUCAGUAAGAGAUUUCCGAUUGACAACUUCAGAGGUAAUUGUUUACCAGCUAAUUGUUUGUUUUGUUGUCAUUUGGUGUCAAUUUAAAUGGAUCCGUCGGAAUUUCGAAAGUGUGGCCGCAAAAAUGAAAGGACCUAAAGGGUAUCCAUUUAUUGGCUCAUCAUUCGACUUCAUCGGAACACCCGAACAGGUGAUGGAAAAAGUACUUAAAAUAGACGAUAAAUACAGUCCAGGACCCAUUAAAAUAUGGGUUGGCCCAUAUUUUGGAGUUAUCGUUAUCAAGCCAGAGGACGUGCAAGCCGUGUUGAAUAAUUCAAAGGCUCUGCAGAAAGAUCGUGUUUACGAUUUCAUUAAGAAUAUUUUCGGAGAAGGGUUGUUAACUGCCCCUGUUCAUAAAUGGCGAAAACAUCGUCGUCUAAUUACACCCUCGUUCAACGCCUCUCUUCUAAAUCAGUUUUUCCCUGUAUUUAACGAAAAAAACAAAAUUCUCAUUAGGAAUCUUAAGAAAGAAUUAGGUAAAACGACGCCAUUUGAUCUCUGGGACUAUAUCGCACCAACAACUCUAAAUUUAAUUUGUCAAACCGCAAUGGGCUAUAAUCUUGACACUCAAUCAGAAUAUGGAACUGAAUUUGAGAACGCAAUGAUAAAAGCUUCAGAACUGGAUUCUUUAAGGAUGAAAACCCCGUGGUUGUACUUGAGCUUUAUGUUUAAACUAUAUCUUAAACUUAAGGGACAUUCCGAUGUAUUUAAUACGUUAUACAAAUUACCAAUAAAAAUGAUUCAGGAAAAAAAAGAAGCCUUUGCACAGAGGAAAAUAUUAAACAAACCAAGUGCCGUUGAUGUUACAGACAAUGAAAGAGAAAAAUUAAAAGUAUUUUUGGACACAUUAUUUGAAUUGAACGAAGCUGGAGCUAACUUCUCUGAUGAUGAUAUUAAGGAUGAAGUUGUGACCAUGAUGAUAGGCGGUAGUGAAACCAGUGCUAUUACAAUCUGUUUUAGUCUUUUAAUGUUGGCCAUUCACCCAGAUAUCCAAGAUAAAGUUUACGACGAGAUUUAUGAAGUAUUUCAUGAUGACAAUGAAACAAUUACUAUAGAAGACACUAAUAAACUUGUAUAUUUGGAACAAGUGUUAAAGGAAACACUUCGAUUAUUCCCUGUAUUACCAUUGGUAUUUAGAAAACUUGAAGACGAUAUUAAAAUUGCUUCAGACGAUCUCGUACUACCAAAAGGAACGACGUGUAUCAUAUCUAUAUUAGGCACUCAUCAUUUUUCUGAAUCGUAUCCAAACCCUUGGACAUUUAAUCCAGAAAAUUUCAAUCCUGAAAAUAUUACUAAUCGCCAUAAGUAUAGCUUUAUAGCUUUUAGUGGUGGUCCAAGAGGUUGCAUAGGAUCUAAGUAUGCAAUGAUGUCAAUGAAAGUUGCGAUGUCAACGUUCUUGCGGAACUACAGCGUACAUACACACUACACAUUCGAUGAUAUCAAAUUAAAAAUAGAUUUAUUAUUGAGAAGUGCUAAUGGAUAUCCCGUCACUAUCCAACUAAGAGAUAGAAGACCUACAUAUAUACGAAAUAAGAAAUUGUAGGUUUCUACAGGAUUAUGCAUGUGAUGAAUUUAUAUAAUAUAAUAUUAGUAUGUAUAAUGUAUUGUUCUAACUUAAGGGGCCUCGCUGCUGCUGUCAAUUUAGCUAGACAGACCUAAACUAUUGACAAAAUUAAAGUUAGUUAUCGUUGUCCGAUUUUGAUUCUAAAAAAAAAUUGAACUCACCAGAAAAUUGUCUAUAGAUCUUAAAACUAAAUUUUAUAUUAUUGUGGUGAUACACCAUUGUUCUUUAUAAAUAUGUCUGACCGCCGCCCGACGAAUACUGGUCGCCGCCGAGGUACGAUCUCAUUCUGAAUAGAGUAUAAGACCGUGGACGCCACACACACUAAUAAUCAUUUACGACUAGAUAGAUUUCGGGUGGCGACGAUGAGAUUAGAAGUUGUCUAAAUGAUUCUCCUUAAAUCAAUGCCAUAGCGAGGUCCUUUAAUGGAUGGAUUCUGUUAAGACAUUUACAAUUUACUUUUUUGUAUAAAUAUAUUGUUGAUUUAUAUAAUUUUUAUUUGUAUAACAAAUCCUUAUACCUCCCUUAUACCUCCAUUAUUAAACGAUUUGUACCUAAUAUAGUAAUAUAUAAACUCACUUAUUUUGAUUAAUAUGU